CCGGGACGAGAUAUCAGCCUGUUUAUGCCRUGCGUGUAAAGCACCCUGCGAACCCCUCUACGCUUUGCCAGGUCCCCGCCACCACCACCUUACCGACGGAGCCGGUGUAGAGCCACAGCACUGCAGCCAUGUCGAUUGGGGUGCCAAUCAAGGUCCUGCACGAGGCCGAGGGCCACAUUGUGACAUGUGAGACCAAUACAGGAGAAGUUUAUCGAGGCAAACUUAUCGAAGCUGAAGACAACAUGAAUUGCCAGAUGUCCAACAUAACAGUGACGUACAGGGAUGGACGGGUGGCACAGCUCGAGCAGGUGUACAUCAGAGGCAGCAAGAUACGGUUUCUCAUCUUACCAGAUAUGUUGAAAAAUGCUCCUAUGCUAAAGAGCAUGAAGAAUAAAAACCAGGGUUCUGGAGCUGGGCGAGGGAAAGCAGCUAUUCUCAAAGCUCAAGUGGCUGCAAGAGGAAGAGGCCGUGGUAUGGGCCGUGGCAACAUCUUCCAGAAGCGAAGAUAAUUUUGGUCUUGACCGACUUGUUUUUUUUAUUAGGGGUGUUAACUUGACUAUGUGUGCAUUGGUAUCAGUUUUGUUUAAUAAAUGUUUCUGACAAAAACUCGUCUGCUCUUACAUGACAGGACAAUUCUUGGACAAAUACACUGUAGGUUGAUUUCAAACUUAAGCCACCUUUGGAAAAUAGUGGAAUUCAUUAUAUCUAGGUUUGACCACUUUGUGUGAUGCAUUGGUUUUUAAUGAUCAUUAAUGUUUCCUUUUUCUUGUUUAAUCUUGUUGUCAUUUGUUCUCUAAAGAAUUAGAAGGCAUUCUUAAUGACAAAUUUUAAGUCAUACAUGAUGAAGUCUUAUUAGCAGCUACAUUUAUGUAAAAUACAGCAAAACAGGCAGCUUCCUGAGAAGCAGGGUACUUGUGUUCUUUUGCUCUAUAUGGACCUACAGUAGUUAGAGGUCCAUCUUCAGAUCUGUAUAUUCAAUUUGUAUUCUUGCAUUUCUUAUUUUGUUUUUGGAUAUAGGGAGAAUUUUUCAUUAGGAACACACAACUUUGAUAGUCUGAGUCUAUAUUUGCAGUGAAAAUACCUAUCUUUUCUUAGCAGUUUUUCCCUGUGUCUGGGAGAAGAUAACAACAUAAAAUAGGCAUUUUCCAGGAUAAAUAGAAAUGUUUUGUAAAUUUGAAAGACAGUGCAGGUGUUUGAARAAAGUCUUAUAAAUAGUUAUACAUUAAACACGACUCAAUACAAAUGCUAAUGUUUUGAACAAAACUCAYGAUCAGCUUUUGUUCUUAUUAUCUAUACACAGCUGUGUAUARAUCAGCUGAUCUGCAGGAAACCAGAUGUAGUUCUAACUUCAGUUUAUUUUGUUUGAAGUGUAGUGUGGUUGUUUUUACUGACWUAAAUGGUUGAAAUGUUUAAAUGUAACCGCUCUGUACCUAUUCACAUACUUGCAUACAGUCACUUACCCRUCUGCACAUGCACAAAAGAGCUGGUCUUGCUCAGAUGCUGUGAAGACUCUCCCUUGUGUGCAGACAGGAAAGUUGAACUAAUGUAUUAACUUGUUGAAUUGUGUGUAAAUAAAGCUGUAUUUGCUCUAACAUCAA